CUUCCGAUCGUUUUUGAUCCUGAACCCUUCUCCCAACUCCUCAUCUCAGGCGGCCUUCUCCAUCCAACUCCUCUCCGGCAAACCCCUAUCUGGUGAACCCCUCUCCGCGAACCACUCCUCCGAACUCCUCUCCGUCAAGACCACGGGAUUAAUCUCUUCGCCUCUGUCGCCUCAUUCACGCUUCCUUCACACUGCCCAAUCUCUUUGACCACACCUUAUUCAAGCGGCAGAUCCCGGAACUGGUCGAGCUCCAGGUCAUCGAAGACCUUGCGACGGCAGCUCAGCCGCGACUCCAGCUCCCGAGCUUAACCCCUUUCCAGUCGAGCGAAGGAGAAAGUAAGGAGUAAGCCUCCUUCGUCCUCUCUGUCUCUCUCUUUCUCUCGGAGUUUAUUCCGCUUUCAGGCGCCUCACCCUUCCUUCGAUUACCAGCGUAAAGGUUCUCGGUGGAGUGAUCAUGCUAACUUCAUUCAUUUUUAGGGUUUUGAUGUAAGAUACCAAAAAACUUUGUUGCUUUGGACUGGGCGAUGUUUACAAUGAGAAACUGGUGUGUUGAUUAUACUUUACAGACUGAUUUUUGUCUAUGCUUAUCCAUCUUACGAGUGUUACAAGACCCUAGAAUUGAAUAAGCAAGAGAUUGAGCAGUUGCGUUUCUGGUGCCAAUAUUGGAUUCUAUUUGGAUUGUUGAGAGAAUUGGGAGUAUUUGCUGAUAUUCUCUUCUCAUGGUUACCAUUCUAUUAUGGAGCAAAGCUUGGCGCCUUCCUGUAUUUGUGGCAUCCCCGGACAAAAGAACCACUAGCAACGCCAGUGCAUUGAGCAACAUGACCCUGGAAGAGUGCCAAAGUUUGUGUUGGACGAACUGUUCUUGCGUGGCAUUUUCUAUGAUCAGAGACAUGUGCCUAUCUUGGCCUGCUGACCUGAUGGAUAUUAGGGUUUUUGCACAAGGCGGCAAUGAACUAUACGUUCGGCUUGCAGCUUCUGAAUUAGAUUCAAUAAGGAGUUCAGGAAAGCAGAAAUCAUUAGUGAUAAAAGUUUCUGUUCCAAUGCUGAGCUUUCUAUUGUUACUAUGUGUUGGUUCAUUUUUAUGGUUGGAGCGAAGAAGCAAGCUCGUUAAACCAGACAUAGUAGACCCCUCCACUCCUAAAGAAACAGAGCUCGACUUGCCGUUAUAUAGUAUGGUUUCGAUAAGAGCUGCCACAAAUGAAUUUUCAAGAGACAAUAUAGUUGGAAUGGGUGGAUUUGGCUUUAUUUACAAGGGUAAAUUAGCAGAUGGACAAGAGGUUGCUGUGAAAAGAUUGUCCAAAGCUUCUGAACAAGUACAGAUGAGUUCAAGACUGAGGUUUCGAUCAUUGCCAAACUACAACACCGAAAUCUUGUCUGUCUACUGGGUUACUGCAUCGAGGAUGAGGAAAGAAUCCUGAUUUACGAGUUCAUGACAAAUAAAAGCUUGGACAUUUUCAUAUUUGGCCAUGUUCAAUCUGUUCAAAGCUCACAAAGAUCCUAGACAAAAUCCAAUUGCUUAUUCCUGUAAUAGAUUGAGAAAGACAAGCUACUUCUUCAGUAUUGUGGUAGUAAUUACUGUACUGUAUCUCAUUCUCAAGCCGAUAAUAAUUUUUGAGUGUAGCUAGUAGAAGUAAACAGAUUGUUGGCUUCGAGGUCGGCUAAUUAGUUUGUGCUCUUUUGUUUUAUAUGUGAAUAUCACUAUCUACUUUGAAACA